CACAUAUUUCCCUAACACAUCAUCACAUCAUGUCCGCCAAAUCUAUCCUCGAGGCCGACGGCAAGGCCAUCCUCAACUACCACCUCACUCGCGCCCCAGUGAUCAAGCCCACUCCUCUUCCUGCCUCCGCAACACACAACCCUCCUGCCCGCCUCGCCUCCCUUCACUUCCCCGAUGACAAGGCCGUUAAGGAUGUCCUCGACCAGGCUGAGGUCUCCUUCCCUUGGCUUCUGACCCCCGGUGCCAAGUUUGUCGCCAAACCCGAUCAAUUGAUCAAGCGUCGGGGUAAGAGCGGUCUGCUCGCCUUGAACAAGACCUGGACUGAGGCCCGGGACUGGAUUGAGGCUCGUGCCACUAAGGAUGUCCAGGUUGAGACCAUCACUGGUGUUCUCCGCCAAUUCCUGGUUGAGCCCUUCGUGCCUCACCCUCAGGAGACCGAAUACUACAUCAACAUCAACUCCGUCCGUGAGGGUGACUGGAUCCUCUUCACUCACGAGGGUGGUGUUGACGUCGGUGAUGUCGAUGCUAAGGCCGAGAAGCUGUUGAUCCCCGUCAACCUCAAGCAAUACCCCUCCAACGAGGAGAUCGCCGCGACCCUGUUGAGCAAGGUCCCCAAGGGUGUUCACAAUGUCCUGGUUGACUUCAUCUCUCGCCUGUACGCCGUCUACGUUGACUGCCAGUUCACCUACCUCGAGAUCAACCCUCUGGUUGUUAUCCCCAACGCUGACGCUACCUCCGCCGAGGUUCACUUCUUGGAUUUGGCCGCCAAGCUCGACCAGACCGCUGAGUUCGAGUGCGGUACCAAGUGGGCUGUUGCUCGCAGCCCCGCUGCCCUGGGCUCCCCUCUCCCCGCCUCGACUAAUGGCAAGGUCAGCAUCGAUGCUGGCCCACCAAUGGAGUUCCCCGCCCCCUUCGGUCGUGAGUUGAGCAAGGAGGAGAAGUUCAUCUCCGACAUGGAUGCCAAGACCGGUGCCUCCCUCAAGUUGACCGUCCUCAACGCCAGCGGCCGUGUGUGGACCCUCGUCGCCGGUGGCGGUGCUUCCGUUGUUUACGCCGACGCCAUUGCCUCCGCUGGUUUCGUCAGCGAGCUUGCCAACUACGGCGAGUACUCCGGUGCCCCCACCGAGACCCAGACUUUCAACUACGCCCGCACCGUGCUGGACCUGAUGCUGCGUGCCCCCACCCACCCCGAGGGCAAGGUCCUCUUCAUCGGAGGUGGUAUUGCCAACUUCACCAACGUGGCCAGCACCUUCAAGGGUGUCAUCCGCGCCAUCCGCGAGGUCGCCACCGUCCUCAACGAGCACAAGGUCCAGAUCUGGGUCCGCCGUGCCGGUCCCAACUACCAGGAGGGUCUUAAGAACAUCAAGUCCGUCGGUAUCGAGCUUGGCCUCGACAUGCACGUCUACGGCCCUGAGAUGCACGUCAGCGGCAUCGUCCCCCUUGCCCUCCAGGGCAAGAAGAGCGACGUCAAGGAAUUCGGCGCAUAA